AACCUCAUCCCAGAACAUAUCCAUCCACAUCCAUCCAUACCCACCAUGCCUAAAUGGGCCUUUGACUUCACGGGUCGUACCCCCAUAAUCGAAGACAGGCCCAUCAAGAUUGAAAAACAGCUGACAGAAGAGACGAUUGGUAUGUUUGGUCAACGACAAGUCCUCACUCUAGCACGGUACAUGGAUACAAACCAGCCUGUUAUGGUCAAGAUCCGCUACGAUCUCAACCCCAAGCACUUCAACCUCCAAAACCCAAAGCAAGUCCGCAAAGAUGCCAAAGAAGACUUCAUGAAUGAAUGGGAGGGGGUCGAAACCGUCCAGAAAAUCGGCCACGGGCCUGAAUACAUCGACCAUUUCAUGCAGAAAGCAAGACCGUCAUUCCCAUAUCCAAAUGGCAAGGUGUACUUUCUCAUCCUCUCUAGGGUUCCUGGAGAGAAUGUGGCGGAGAUUUAUAAGGAACUUUCUUUUGAACAGUUGGAGAGUAUCAGGCGGCAGAUUGCUUAUAUUCUUGAACACAUGAGACAGGAUGACUGGGCCUUGUCAGAACAGGAUCCCAACUUUCUUCGAUAUGAUAGAGAGCAGGAUAAGCUUUAUCUUGUCGAUUUCACCUACCUCAGCAUCAUCGACUCCGAAAGCCCGACUUCAUGCCCAUCACCGUAGACGAUGAUUGGGAUCUUGCAUUUAAUAUCUGGAGCGAUGAUCACUUUGACCGUCUCGACAAAUAAGAGCAACAAGAUAAAAAAAAAGUAAAAAUAAAAGGAGAAGCUUGCGCUGUCACGAAAACCCAAAGAACCUGGUAUAUUCAAGCUAUCAGAAAGCUCAGCCUCGAGAUUAACAACCCACCCGUCUGGUCAUUCGAGAAAGUUACUGCAGAAGACUGCCAAAAAGGAGAAUCAAUGUCCGGAGCGUCCACCCUGGCGCUGACUUGGGUUAACGUUUGCUAUCUAUCCUUGCACCCAUGGUUGAAGAUCGAAUGAAAGUCUUGCUUUGCUGGCCAACAAUCUUCAUACCUGCUUCGUACAAUAUGGCUUAUAAACGAGAAUCCUAAGAAAGAUCCUGUUAUGUUUUACCUUUCGUCUGUAACCC